AUGCUUCAGGACGCAGUGACACACUAUCGCCUCUCUUCUCUCCGCCUCGAGUUCUUCCUCAACACGUGCGACCACCCCAUGUCGUUCCACAGCUCGCACUGGCCAAACAGGGGCGGGCUGCCCUUCAUGAGCACCGGAUUCACAGCAGAUACGAUCGACAUUCCUGUCCCCGACCCGCUUGACUUGACUGGACCUACACGCCUGACCUCUCCACUCAGGGGCGGGCUGCCCUUCAUGAGCAGGGGAGUCACAGCAGACACCAUCGACAUUCCUGUCCCCAACCUGCUUGACUUGACCGGACCCUACAAUCCGGACCUCAGCACUCAGAUUCCCUGGGAGAAGAAGGAAUCGCGGGCAGUCUUUAGAGGGAAGACAACCAACUACGAGCUCCUACCAGCAGGCAACUGGGGCGCCAACCCCCGCAUCCGCCUGCACCUCAUGUCCCCCGCGGCGCCCCACCUGAUGGAUGCUUGCAUCAAUUCGUGGUCCAAGGUGGAGCAACCCUCUUUCUUCCUCCCCUCUCCCAACUCCACAUUCAUUUCCCCCCAGAUUCCCUGGGAGAAGAAGGAAUCGCGGGCAGUCUUUAGAGGGAAGACAACCAACUACGAGCUCCUACCAGCAGGCAACUGGGGCGCCAACCCCCGCAUCCGCCUGCACCUCAUGUCCCCCGCGGCGCCCCACCUGAUGGAUGCUUGCAUCAAUUCGUGGUCCAAGGUGGAGCAACCCUCUUUCUUCCUCCCCUCUCCCAACUCCACAUUCAUUUCCCCCCAGAUUCCCUGGGAGAAGAAGGAAUCGCGGGCAGUCUUUAGAGGGAAGACAACCAACUACGAGCUCCUACCAGCAGGCAACUGGGGCGCCAACCCCCGCAUCCGCCUGCACCUCAUGUCCCCCGCGGCGCCCCACCUGAUGGAUGCUUGCAUCAAUUCGUGGUCCAAGGUGGAGCAACCCUCUUUCUUCCUCCCCUCUCCCAACUCCACAUUCAUUUCCCCCCAGAUUCCCUGGGAGAAGAAGGAAUCGCGGGCAGUCUUUAGAGGGAAGACAACCAACUACGAGCUCCUACCAGCAGGCAACUGGGGCGCCAACCCCCGCAUCCGCCUGCACCUCAUGUCCCCCGCGGCGCCCCACCUGAUGGAUGCUUGCAUCAAUUCGUGGUCCAAGGUGGAGCAACCCUCUUUCUUCCUCCCCUCUCCCAACUCCACAUUCAUUUCCCCCCAGAUUCCCUGGGAGAAGAAGGAAUCGCGGGCAGUCUUUAGAGGGAAGACAACCAACUACGAGCUCCUACCAGCAGGCAACUGGGGCGCCAACCCCCGCAUCCGCCUGCACCUCAUGUCCCCCGCGGCGCCCCACCUGAUGGAUGCUUGCAUCAAUUCGUGGUCCAAGGUGGAGCAACCCUCUUUCUUCCUCCCCUCUCCCAACUCCACAUUCAUUUCCCCCCAGAUUCCCUGGGAGAAGAAGGAAUCGCGGGCAGUCUUUAGAGGGAAGACAACCAACUACGAGCUCCUACCAGCAGGCAACUGGGGCGCCAACCCCCGCAUCCGCCUGCACCUCAUGUCCCCCGCGGCGCCCCACCUGAUGGAUGCUUGCAUCAAUUCGUGGUCCAAGUCACGUGCGGUGUUCCGAGGCAAAACUACCAACUAUGAGCUCCUUCCAGGUGGAAACUGGGGCGCCAACCCGCGCAUCCGCCUACAUUUAAUGUCCCCCGCAGCACCCCACCUGAUGGAUGCGCGCAUCAACGCGUGGUCCAAGGUGGAGCAGCAUGUGAUUAAAAGGAUAGUGAAGGACGGGGUCAGGCUCGCCAGGAAGAUGAACUUUCAGCAGUUCAACGCGUUCAAGUACCAGAUAGUAGCGGAUGGGGGGGGGGGCAGUUGUCGCACGUGUGGGGUGCUGCGAUCCAACCAGCUCAUCAUAAGGCAACACACGCCCAUGCUGCAGUUCUACGAGCCUCUGCUGCAGGAUCGGGUGCACUGGCUCGCCACCUCCCGAACACCUACAAGAGGCGAUCAUAUGGCACAGCAGCACGACAAGGCAGUUCUAAGGAUGGUGGAGGCAGCCAAUCGGUUUGCAUACCAUGCAUGCACGUGGCACGGGCGCAUGCUGUACUGGGCUCUUCUUCUCGUGAAAUACCAAGACGUCAUGGCUGAACCUGAAAGCGUUUCAAAGCCUGCCCAGCUGUGCUUGAAACCCAUCGUGGCAGCAACAGGGGUGGAGAAGGACCCAGCAUCAGUCUCUUGCAGCAACCCUGGCAGGGAGAAGCAACAACCAGAGUGUGCUUUCUUCUGUGCUGGGGGUAUUAUCCCCCCAGAAAGCUUCAAGUGGUUACCAGCUGAGUCGCUUGACAAACUGGAGAGAGUCGGACCUCCGUAA